CGAAUAGUGUCUGUAUUUUGUAUUGGAAGAUGGAACAAGAACGCCAAAACUGAAGCAAUACUGCUGAUUUGUUUUUGUUUGUUUUAAAUUACGUUACGUUCACAGAGUAAUAUACACAGGCUGUCUAAACCCGUAGAGUGGCUUGAAGAAGAAAAAAAAACAGCUCAUCUUGUGGACUGGCUGUAUUCAGUUUGACAAUGAAGAGGACUCAACGCGAUCAACGCGAAGCAAUAGUUUACUGUCUGUUGUUUGGAUUUCAACGACAACGAUGCAGUGUCAGGCGUCGAGUUGCACGCAAAUCAACAGUUACUCGCUGCAAGUACCAGACUUUGAAUUCUUACCACCAUACCGGACACAUGUAGUAAAAAUAUAUACAGUAGACCGAUAACCGCUGUUCCGCUUUUUACCUCUGGGAGGCAGUAAUGGGUUGGGAAAAGUUGGAUCUCAUGGAUGCGUUUCAUUUGGCUAAUCGUCUGCCAAUCAGGGAAGCACUAAUCCAAUAAGAUCAAACGGUUUGGGCACAUGUUUCUGUAUUGGAUCUUUAAAGUUUCUGACGCUGAGAUUAAGUUUUCAUAACAGAGCUGCACGAAGUUGCGCGCGGAAGUCUCCGAAAUUCUCGCGGAAUUUUCGGCGAAUGAUUCUUAUCUUUCUGGAGUGUUAAAUAAAUAAUAAACCGGGCAAUAAUAGAGCUUCUGGAUUGUACAUUAUACUACGCUUGUCUUUAAAAUAGGACAAAAUCGAGUGAAUGGCCCGACCACCCUAAUUGAAAGAGGCGAAGGCGGAGAGUCGCAGACCAGUAGCGGAGCAGACUCCCAAUCCAGCCGGCCCGGCGAAGGGGACCUUAUUCGCGGAGGAAUUACGAUGUCACAUAGCCUUCUUGGUUACCAGUCCAGGUCCCCGGUGUUUAGAACGCUAUCCAGAUCGUCCAGCGGAUACUUUUCUUUCGACUGCGAUUCUGUCCCAAGCUCUCCUCUUAUGACCCAUAACAAGUCGACGCAAACUCCCAGUCCGUCUAGCCAAGUCAUUACCCACGCACAGCGGCGAAUAUCUGACGUGCACCAAAACUCGCAGCAUUAUGAGAUGCCUCAGGCUCCCCACCGCCCUUUUAGACCGCGGUCGCUAUCGAUGCCAGCCGACAUGCGGGCCGAAGUUUGGGUCGCCCAGGAGCUGCGGCGCAUCGGCGACGAGCUGAACACCCUUUACCUCCACAGGGGAGUCCGGGAUAGGAACGGACGAGCCAACUGGCUGGACGUGGGGCGGGGCCAGAACAGACCGGCCCUCCGGCUCUGGAUCAGCCUCCUGGUCCGGCGGCUUCUUCAGAUCAUCCUGAGACAGAGAUGAUGGACGGGCACACGGAUGUUCCUACCGCCGCCACCACCACCACCACCACCACACGCCCAGCAGCCCCGUAGCGUCCGGAUGUCUUUUGUUGUGCACACUGUAGAUAUGUGAAUAUGUACUGUAGGCUUUCAUUUUUUUUUUUUUUUUUAAUUAGUUUUUUUUUUUAAAAGAAGUAUUUUUUACUACCUUUCAUUCUGUCUGUGAGCCUGGCUCUGGAUACCUGCUUCAUGUCCUUUCAGGAAAAAAAAAAAAACCUGGUUAUUGACGCUCGUACCUUCUUUGAGAACAUGAGUGGUUCCUCCCCUUGGACCGGUUUGGGAUGAAUGCGACGGGGGUGGGGGGGGGGGAAGAAAAAAGAAGAAUGAAACCGUUCCAGUGGGAUUUGGAUAAAAAGUUGGAAUCGUACCUCAUAACUGUUUUCCUGCUAAACUUGGAGAGCUGAGCCGAUGCAAAAAAAAAAAAAAAACAA